AUGUCCUUUCCAUUUGUAAACAAGGACUUAAAGUCAAACACAUACAACGGACCAACAUAUGUAGCUGACGAGGUGGCUGCUUGUUUCCCUGACAGCAGAGAUAAAAUAAAGAUUAUUGACAUUGCAUGUGGAACUGGUUUUGUUGGAGAAAAGCUCGCAGUUUAUGGCUUUACAAAUAUUGAUGGCCUUGACCCUUCUGCUGGAAUGCUGUCACAAUGCAAGGACAAAGGCCUCUACAAAAAUGUGUACAAAGAAUUCUGUGAUGUAUACGACUGUUUAGUUGUGUCUGGGGGGAUGGGCGAGGGACAGAUACCCUGUUCUGGUAUACACGAGAUGAUACGUAUUGUAAAACCAGACGGUUAG